CAGGUCAUCUCAAGGAAGCCCGGCCAACAGUUGCCUCGUGGCCUGCCUGGCUGCUGCUGUAACUAUCGCUGUCCCCGCUGACCAGCCAACUGGAGAGAGAGAGAGAGAGAGAGAGUACUACUACUGUGCCCUUCCCUUAGACAAAUAGAAAGGCAAAAUUCCGUACAAUUCCUUGUCUGACAAAGAGAAUGACGGAAGCAAUAUAACAGGCUCAGGUGUUGCCAUGUUUACUGCAAAGACUCUAUAGUAUUGAUGUAACCCUAGCAGUAGCAGUAAAAGAGGCGGUGAGCCAGUGACAGGAGCGGCGUCAGUGACAGCUGAGUGGCGGCGGCGGCGGCGGUGGUGGUAGUGUAAGCGAGCUAAACAAAGUGUUGGCGUCGCUGAUCAAUACGAGGCCGAGUCAUGGAGGUGAACAUGCCCCCGUCUGCCCUCACACUCAAGGGAAUAUUCUUGGCCCACCUCGUUCUCGUAGUCUGGAGUCAGUACAGCACCUGCUUCACAGGCGGUGCCACAUUGUACAAUGGAGCAUUUCUCUUCUUGGUGCUCUGGAGCAUCUUACACCGGGACAGUGAGGAGGCACCCCUCAUGGCUCUUUUGCUGAAUUUGCUAUCCAUAUUUUUGGACAUCCUCACCAUGAUCCUGCAUUGGCCUCACAUUACCACAAGCCUUAUGCGCUUUGGUCUGGCAAUGGCAGUACUAAACCUUGUCCUGCGACCAAUCACCAGCCUCAUGCUGCAGCGUGUCCUGCAGGAACGCUCAGGAUCCUAUGGAACGUACGGACCAUCAGGACUUGACAGGAUCUUUGGAGGUACCCGGCGAAGUCCAUACGAAGACAUUGACCAUCCAUCACAGAACAAUGCUGGACCAGGUCUGGAACAGGAGCACCGGCCACCCUCCCCUCCCAGCGAGAGUCUCUUCACCACCUAGAGUAGCAGAGGCCAGGACACCAUGACAU